AUGCCCCUGUCCACGUCUCGACGUGGCCCCAGUCCCGACCCCAUCCGUGGCGACUUCUUCCACCUCUGUGGGUCCCCUAUCCGCACGCACACGCGCAAAUCCGCAAUGGACCUCGACGACAUCCACGGCAUCAGCAGCAAGCGACUCCUUCCGAGCUCGUCCACCUUCGUGCGACCGGCAGAGACUGUCGACUUGCCUCGACUACCUUCUCCUGUACCCAAGAUGAUGAUGAUGAAGAAGAAGAAGUCUGAAGGAGAGCCGUUAGGCAGCUCGCUGGACGUGGAAGGCCACGCGUAUUACUACCACAACCGGAGUCUCUAUGGCGUCGUCCCAAGCAGCAGCAUCACGCCGUUUGCAAGCUACGCAUCUCGCAUCUCGCUCGUGACGAUCACGGACUCAAACGACUCGUCCAGGAGACUUGACAGUGCCCGACGAGCUGGUGUCCCGCUCUGUUUGUCCGACUGGUUCGAUCCGAUCAAGCACGAGGACGACGAGCGCUGUCGACAGACGAACGCUCUAAUCAACACCACCACAAUGAAGUCCAGAGACGAGCCCGAGUCCGAGUGUACCGUCCGUAGCUUACAGGACGAGCAGCAAUCUGAUGAAGCAGAGGAUGCAAUGGACGACCGGUUUCUUGAACCCCAGCAGAACGUCGACAUGGCAGACGUGACGAUCGGUCGUGUGAUUGGUGAAGGCGCGUUCGGGAAAGUGUUCCAGGCGUCGUGGAAGGGCCGCAACGUGGCGAUGAAAGUGCUCGUGCGACAGAAUUUGACAGCUGAUGUGGUCCGGGAGUUUGAAACGGAAGUGAAGAUCAUGAGUGGACUGCAUCAUCCCAACAUUUGCAGCCUCUUGGGCGCGUGUUUAGCCCCCGAGAGUCGGGCGUUGGUGAUCGAGCUGGUCGAGCACGGCUCGCUUUGGGCGGUGCUUCGCACGCGACGACGACAGCUCUCGGAGGCAAUGCGGACUCGCUUUGUUGUGGAUACUGCGCGUGGCAUGCGCUACUUGCACCAGUUUGAGCUGCCGAUCUUGCAUCGAGACAUGAAGAGUCCGAACUUGCUUGUGGAGCGCAACUUUUCCAUCAAGAUCUCGGACUUUGGGCUGUCCCGCGUCAAGGCACAGAUCCAGACCAUGACAGGCAACUGCGGCACGGUGCAGUGGAUGGCACCCGAAGUACUGGGGAAUUGCAAGUACACGGAGAAAGCGGACGUGUUCUCGUUCGGCAUUGUCGUGUGGGAGAUCUUCACGGGACAGUGCCCGUACGACGGCAUGACGCAGAUCCAAGUGGCGCUGGGCGUGCUCAACCACGACCUGCGGCCGGUGAUCCCUCGCUCGUGUCCCCGUUUCUUUGCACGGCUGAUCCAGUCGUGCUGGGCGCGAGAACCGAGUCUCCGUCCGUCCUUCUCGGAUAUCAUGCACACGUUCGAGCAGCACGUUGCGUACCACUGA